CCCGCCCCCCGCGCCGGGCGGAGCCGGAGCCGAGCGGAGCCGGUGCCGGGGCGGCUCAUUGCGGCGCGGCGCGGCGGCAGCAUGGCCACCACCGUGCCCUGCACCCGUUUCACCGACGAGUACCAGCUCUACGAGGAGAUCGGCAAGGGAGCUUUCUCGGUCGUCCGGCGCUGCGUCAAGCUCUGCACUGGCCAUGAGUACGCUGCUAAGAUCAUCAACACCAAAAAGCUCUCAGCCAGAGACCACCAGAAACUGGAGCGCGAGGCGCGGAUCUGCCGGCUGCUCAAGCACUCCAACAUCGUGCGGCUCCACGACAGCAUCUCCGAGGAGGGGUUUCAUUACCUCGUCUUUGACCUGGUGACGGGUGGUGAGCUCUUUGAGGACAUCGUGGCGCGGGAGUACUACAGCGAGGCUGAUGCCAGCCACUGCAUCCAGCAGAUCCUGGAGGCUGUCCUGCACUGUCACCAGAUGGGGGUGGUCCACAGGGACCUCAAGCCAGAGAACCUGCUCCUGGCCAGCAAGUGCAAAGGGGCAGCGGUGAAGCUGGCAGACUUUGGCCUCGCCAUCGAGGUGCAGGGGGAUCAGCAGGCCUGGUUCGGAUUUGCGGGCACACCUGGCUACCUGUCCCCCGAGGUGCUGCGCAAAGAGGCCUAUGGCAAACCAGUGGACAUCUGGGCGUGUGGGGUCAUCCUGUACAUCCUGCUGGUGGGCUACCCGCCGUUCUGGGACGAGGACCAGCACAAACUCUACCAACAAAUCAAGGCCGGGGCCUACGAUUUCCCUUCACCUGAGUGGGACACAGUCACCCCUGAAGCGAAAAACCUCAUCAACCAGAUGCUGACCAUCAACCCCGCCAAGCGCAUCACAGCCCACGAGGCCCUCAAGCACCCGUGGGUCUGCCAACGUUCUACCGUGGCCUCCAUGAUGCACAGGCAGGAGACAGUGGAGUGCUUGAAAAAGUUCAAUGCCCGGAGGAAGCUCAAGGGUGCCAUCCUCACCACCAUGCUGGCCACCAGGAACUUCUCAGUGGGCAGACAGACCACCGCUCCUCCCACCAUGUCGGCGGCCGCUGCCGGGGCCCCGCUGGGGCUGGUGGAACAAGCAGCUAAGAGCUUACUGAACAAGAAGGCGGACGGCGUCAAGCCCCAGACCAACAGCACCAAAGGCAGUGCCGGCGUCACCAGCCCCAAGGGGACCCUCCCGCCCACCGCUCUGGAGCCUCAAACUACCGUAAUUCAUAACCCCGCGGACGGCGCCAAGGAGUCCUCCGACAGCACCAACACCACCAUUGAGGACGAGGACACCAAAGCCCGCAAGCAGGAGAUCAUCAAGAUCACGGAGCAGCUCAUCGAGGCCGUCAACAACGGCGACUUCGAGGCCUACGCGAAGAUCUGCGACCCGGGGCUCACCUCCUUUGAGCCCGAGGCACUGGGCAACCUGGUGGAGGGGAUGGACUUCCACCGCUUCUAUUUCGAGAACUGUGAGUACCUGAGCUGCCUGGGCCACCUGCCCGUCCUGCCCGCCCUGCCCAGCCCAGCCCCAUCCCUCCCGUCUCCUUCACUGUCCCAUCUCUCGCCCACUGCCCGCCCAUCGUGGUCACCUCGCUCGCCUGUGCCCAGCCCUCCCCUGCUGGGCCAUCUGUCAGCCUGCACUGCCACCAUCCCUGCCCCUUCCCCUGCCCAUUCCCUGUCCCCAUCCCCUCACCCUUAG